AUGACGAAUGGAUCAUCGCUAACGAACAUCCCCACCGAAACCAACAGAAUAAUAGGCCCAGCAAGUAGUAGAGGAGCUUACUUGAUUGGCGAUCAGCCGAUCAGUAUUGGUUUUGAUUUGACCUGUGGUACAUCUCGGCUUGAAUACGCGACGAGAAUCAUCGAACGAAGAAUAACACAAAUAAACAUGAUGUCCAUCGGCUUAUUUGUCUUUUUCUUCGCUUUAACAGCAAUCGAUGCACAGAAUAAAUGUUCAAAUAGUGAUGCUAAUUGCAUCGACAUUCGCAAGUGUCCGGAAAUCAUAUCUAUCUUAAUAAGUUCAAGAUCGUUUUCGGCAGAGACAUUGCAGACUCUUAGAAAUUUGCAAUGUGGCUUCGAAGGCAGCUAUCCGAAAGUUUGUUGCAGUCAGGCAUCAACAACGACAACGACAGAGGCUCCAGAUCCAAAUCCAGAAAAUCUUCCAAAUCCACCAGAUGUAACGAACCACCCGAAUCUACGUCUGUUGGAUCAUACAUUGUGUGGGCCCGUCACUCAGCCGAAGGUAUUCGGAGGCAACAAGACUGGAAUUUUCCAGUAUCCGUGGAUGGCAUUAAUCGCAUAUGAUACUGGAAGACCAAAUCCGGAGUUCCGUUGUGGCGGCACAGUCAUCUCCUCGCGCUACGUCCUCACCGCCGCUCAUUGUGUCACUUUCCUUCCAGGGGGUCUACGACUGAUAGGCGUCAGGGUAGGGGAUCACGAUAUAAGUAAGGAACGUGACUGCGAUACAGACUCCCAAGGACGUGAGAUCGUAUGUGCCGAGAGGUAUCAGGAUUUCGGUGUGGAAAGCUUCCAGUUCCAUCCGGAAUACACGAGAACAAAACUGCAAAAUGACAUCGCGCUUAUUAGGUUGAAUGGUACAGUGGAUUUUAGACCUUGGAAUGUCAAACCUAUUUGUCUGCCUUUUGGCACUGCGACAUUAUUACAUAGCAAAAGGAUUGUAGCAAUCGGUUGGGGCACUACGAAGUUGAUGGGUCCGCGUAGUCAAGAACCCCUGCAAGUGACGCUGACACUAGUGGACAACGAACAGUGUAAAGAAAUGCACAGACCGACCAUGCAGAUCUGGUACAAGCAGCUAUGUGCCAGCGGUCGAAAGAACGUGAACUUCUGUUUGGCCGACAGCGGCGGACCCCUGCAGGCAGCUGGUAUAUAUAAUGGUACAUCAGUACGCAUGAUCCACUACGGUGUGGUCAGCUACGGACUGGAGCAGUGCGAUACCGAUGGAUUCCCUGGAGUCUGCACCAAUGUCGCCUACUACAUGGACUGGAUUCUCAACACACUGACAGAUUAAAGCGAAACUGAAACAUUGCGGAAUGAAGUCUUUUAUAUCGAAUACCUACUUUUAAUCUCCGUGCUCAGAAUAUGGUGAUGCAAACGCGGUAAUCUCAAUUGUGAUAAGAAUGAGAAAAUAAAUUUAACGAGGCGUUUGAUAAAUAGUACGUAGAUAAAAAAAUUGAUUUCAAAAGAUUACUA